AUGUCCCGGUUUUUGGACCUUCCGAGAGAACUGCGUUUGAUGGUUUACGACCGCAUCCCUUGCGUAAACAGUCAUCUGACCAUAUCAAGAUGCGACUGGUCCUUCUUCAUCAAGAAACAGCCUCUUCAUAGAGACCGGGACGCCAUACAUGGAGAUGCGGACUCAAACAAACCCAUAGUCCUUAUCGUGCAAGCUCCUCCCCCGUCGAUCCUUACUACAUGUCGGACUGUUUAUCAUGAAGCCUUAUCUAUCAUUUCCAAGGGAAGAAGGCUACCUAUAAUCACUUCAUUGAAGAUCAUGUGUAGCCCAGACUUUCUGGAUGUUUUCUCACAGCAAGACGGUCUUCUUGACAUCAUCCUCAAUUGGACGACGACUUCUGGGGGCAUUUCCAACCAUCACAAUGAGACAAUCCAUGAUUGGCUGCUGGGCACCAACCUGGUGACGGCAAAUGAUACACAGAACCCACAAUACGCAACCCUCAUCCACAUAAUCGACCAAGUAAAGCAAAACCUUAGCUCCCGCCAAGCACUUCCCAUUGAGGUCUCACUGCUCGACCAUAACAUACACAUGUUCGAGCAAUUCAUGGAGAUUUUCUACUGGCGAGCUAUGGAGAUGAACGGCAAAGCUACGGUCAAAGUGGGAAUGGCUGGACAACAGUACCUGGACAAUCCCAAGAACCUGAAAAGAUGGGAAGAUACUUUGAGCUACGUCUCGCGGGACUUGGAUGACGCUAUGGAUAUGCGAAGCCUUGUAUAUGGGAAUACAGGUGGAAUGAAAGUGCUGAGAGCACCACGGAUGAUGGGUUCCGCAAAGACCACGUGGGAUGAUGACUGGGAGAAACAAGCAUAA